GAUACAAUUACUGGUUUAGACACUACCGGUGAGCUUUCGAUGAGCAAGCAGACCCGAAUAAUACGAAUGCCGAUCUCACUUAAACUUCUGGAGGAUGAAGAACAGAGCUAGGCAGGCAGAGCAGAGUUUUGACUGGGGAAUUUGGUCUUCUGUUAAAGACACUGGUAAUGCUGAUACGGACGCUUCUGGUAGGGAUCUGGCUUGCUUGUCUCCAUUGUGCAAGACAGCACGUGCCAGAGUAUAGAGGUCACUUGGUCAAGUUCGGAGUGAUUAGAUGCCGCAAGGUUUGUGCAAGUUGCACAUCUCUCGUCGGUAGCUGCUACCCGUGCACAAGUCUAUGGAGCCGCAUGCAAUGGAACGACGGGAUUGCCUUGUGCACAAUCUGCAGCCUCCGUAAAACUCACGGAUUCGGCGAGCAAAAAGCCCCUCGCACUUCGGGCAUCUGGAAUCCUGGAUCUCGGCUUGCGUUCGAUUUGUUCAAGGCCGGGCCUGUAUCCCUCCGAUAGCUGCCCACCAUGAUCUCUCAAGUAAGGCACCCUGUGUCUAUCACACGUGUCAAUUGACAGCUGCGUGAGAGGAAUGGAUUCUUACCUAUUUAUUGUUCUUUGAUCCUUGGAUGCCACCCU